ACAGAUAUUGACGAGUGUUCGAGUCCAGAUUUGAAUGAAUGCUCCUUGCAUUCCCGUUGCGAGAACAUCUUUGGCUCGUACAUGUGCAGAUGUGAUGACGGAUUCAAACAUUACGACUACGAUGCUUUUACUUGCGUUGAUAUAGACGAGUGCAAGGAAUGGGGCCCGUGUGAUCAGGGAUGCAUGAACACGUUGGGAUCGUAUGAGUGCUACUGCAAAACCGGGUUUCAACUGAGAGAGGAUAAAAGAAUGUGCAUCGAUAUAAAUGAAUGUGACACACCAGUGUCUGGCAAUCCGGUUUGUUACGGUUUGUGUCAUAACACAAUUGGUUCUUAUAUGUGUCAUUGCCCCGCCGGCUACAAUAACACUAAAGACAAGCGAUUCUGC